CUGCUUUAAAAAGUUGGACGGCUGUGUGCAUCGCAUUAAUUCUUUCACUGUUCUUUCGGCAGCAAGGGUAUAUAUCUAACGUUAACAAAUAUUCAUAUUCACGCGUACAGGAUAUUAAUAGAGGAGAUCGUCGAACUGAAUUAUGUGUGGGAUUUUUGCUUAUCUGAAUUAUCGCGUACCACGAACAAGGAAGGAAAUCUUUGAUACACUUGUUAAAGGUCUGCAGAGACUUGAGUACCGGGGAUACGAUUCCGCGGGUAUUGCUGUCGAUGGUCCCAGGAAAGAAGGCAAUGGGAGUAUUUGCCUGUUUAAGAAAAGAGGGAAGGUGAAAGCCCUGGAUGAAGUCCUGUGCAAAAAUGACUCCAUCUACCUGAAUGCUGAGCUGGAUGUACACUUUGGCAUUGCUCACACUCGCUGGGCGACACAUGGAGAACCCAGUUCUCUCAACAGCCAUCCACACCGCUCUGACAAAAACAACGAGUUCGUUGUUAUACAUAAUGGUAUAAUCACCAAUUACAAAGAGCUCAGGAAGUACCUGAAUUCCAAAGGCUAUGAGUUUGAGUCUGACACCGACACAGAGGUCAUCCCCAAGCUGAUCAAGUAUCUCUAUGACAACCGGGAGCACGAUUAUGUGUCCUUCUCCACCCUGGUGGAGCGAGUAAUCCAACAGCUGGAGGGGGCCUUUGCUCUUGUUUUCAAAAGUAUUCACUUCCCUGGAGAGGCUAUCGCCACAAGGCGAGGCAGUCCUCUGCUCAUCGGAGUGCGUAGCAAGUAUGAGUUGUCCAGGGACCAGAUCCCCAUCCAGUACAACGGUGACUUCAUCGGGGGCGUGCAGAAGAAGAACUUCCGCAACCGAGUUGACAGCAGCACAUCCCUACAUUCCGUCUGUGACAGAAAGGCAGUGGAAUUCUAUUUCGCCUCUGAUGCCAGCGCCAUCAUCGAGCACACUAACAAGGUGGUGUACCUGGAGGACGAUGACAUAGCGGCCGUGGCGGAGGGCAAGCUGUCGCUGCACCGCGUUAGCCGCUGCGCGGGCGAGGAGUCGGCCCGGGUCAUCCAGACCCUGCAGAUGGAGCUGCAGCAGAUCAUGAAAGGGAACUUCAAGGCCUUCAUGCAGAAGGAGAUUUUUGAGCAGCCUGAGUCGGUCUUCAACACUAUGAGAGGAAGGAUUUGCUUUGACACAAACACAGUUGUGCUAGGAGGGCUAAAAGAUCAUCUGAAGGAGAUUAGGAGAUGCCGGCGCCUGAUCAUUAUUGGCUGUGGGACUAGCUUCCAUGCUGGAGUCGCGACACGGCAGAUCCUGGAGGAGCUGACCGAGCUUCCUGUCAUGGUGGAGCUGGCCAGUGACUUUCUUGACCGCAUCACCCCUGUGUUCAGAGACGACGUCUGCUUCUUCAUAAGCCAGUCAGGUGAGACAGCUGACACCUUGAUGGCUCUGCGGUACUGUAAGGAGCGCGGCGCUCUCACCGUCGGAGUGACCAACACUGUUGGCAGUUCUAUCUGCAGAGAGACCGACUGCGGCGUUCACAUCAAUGCAGGACCAGAAAUUGGAGUGGCCAGCACAAAGGCGUACACCAGCCAGUUUGUGGCACUCAUCAUGUUCGCCCUGAUGAUGAGCGAGGACAGGCUGUCCCUGCAGAAGAGGAGACUGGAGAUCAUCAACGGCCUGCGCCAGCUUCCAGCGCUGAUAAAGCAGGUCCUGGCUCUAGAUGAGCACAUCAAAAGCAUAGCAGAGGAACUGUACCAGCAGAGGUCCUUGCUGGUCAUGGGCCGUGGCUACAACUACGCCACCUGCCUAGAGGGGGCGCUGAAAAUAAAGGAGAUCACUUACAUGCACUCAGAGGGCAUCCUGGCUGGGGAGCUGAAGCACGGACCGCUGGCCCUCAUAGACAAAGACAUGCCCGUCAUCAUGGUGGUCAUGAGAGACGCCUGCUACACCAAAUGCCACAACGCACUGCAGCAGGUCACAGCCAGACAGGGACGACCCAUCAUCAUAUGCUGCCGUGACGACCCAGAGAUCACCAGGUGUGCCUACAAGACCGUGGAGCUCCCCCAGACGGUGGACUGCCUGCAGGGCAUCCUCAGCGUCAUCCCCCUGCAGCUCUUGUCCUUCCACCUGGCCGUGCUCAGAGGAUACGACGUGGACUGCCCCAGGAACUUGGCAAAAUCUGUGACUGUGGAGUAACUCUCCACUAAUGAAGAACUCGGACAAACUGGAUGGGAAAAAGUUAAGACACUAAAGUGCAAUUAUAAUUUUGUGUUUACUUUGUGUGUGUAAAGGUGGAAGGGAGAAGGAAAGCAUGUGUAUGUCUGUUUACAAAUAUUGUCACGUUCAGAUUUCUAUUGUGAUGACCAAAUUCUGCCGACAACAUUCCGGGCAAAGUGAAAUGGAAUCAGUUUUUUGUAUUUUUAUUUUUAUUUCAUUUGUCUUUUUUCUUUUGGCCUUUCUUUCUUUCUUUUUAAAGAAUUAGUUAUUUAAAUAAUUUAAAUGAUUUAGUAUAAUUUAGUGCCUUUUUUUUUCUUUUAGCACUUAAUGUGACUUUUUCCUCAAAGAAAUGAAGGGAAUUCUAAACUGUGCCUUAAAGUCUGCCCUUUGCUCUUAACUUGCAAAGAUGCAGAAGUCUGAUGUGAACUUAAUCAUGGUACUAUAUGAAUAAUUAUAUUUUAGCCCUUGUCUGUCUUAUAUCAUGGUAUCAUAUUUUAUUUGAUAUUGUAUAUAGAGUAAUAUAUACAUGAAGGAAUUAAUCAUUUUAUAAUGGUUGUUGUGCAUGUGAAAUGCAUCACUUUGUUUUCCCAUUUUAUAGAAAUAGGACUAGUGAAGGCAAAGUUGUGUAAGUGCAUGAAGUACAGGCUUGGUGCUGGUUACAUUUUCCUAAAAGAGGGUAGCAUUGAACUGUAUGCUUUUGACUUGAACAUACCAUUUCUCAUGGUAGUAAUUAUAAAUAAACCAGACCCUCACUGACUUGGUUAACAUUCCCAGUAAAAUUCCGAUUAACUGUUAUAUUCUACUUUACUAUGUCCAUUCCAACUCCGUAGCUUUUGACCAUGUGGCCGUUAUCACUGUCAUUCCUUUUGUGCAUCUGCCAGUCUGCCAUAAUAACCACCUCAGUGGUCUCAGUAUAAGGCAGUUUGGUAACUGCCCUUUUGUAUCAGCCACAGGUACUACAAACCGGUUUGAGCUGUGAGAUUAUGAAAUCACAUUCAGUACAAUACCAAUGACCAGGACAGAUCAACAUGGACUAUUGCAUGAAAUGUUUAUUUUUUUUCUAUUGUUUUGGGUCAGAAUGAUUGUUAAAUGAAUGAAUCACUGUCCUCAUUUUAUCCAAGCAGCUAAAUGUAACUAUUUUAACCUGUUAUGUUAUAUUUUGGUGUGUUUUGUUUGUCUUUUAUCAGAGAGGUACAGAAAAACUACCAGCCUGAUUUUCAUGAAACUUGGUGACGUCACUAAGAAAAAACCAAAAGCAGGUCUGAAUAACAGGGCAGGCCUACAAAUUGUGUCUCACUUUUGUUAACAUUGCACUCUCUGAGUGCUGCUUAUAGUUAUUUGAUAUCAUCGAUUGCAUGAAAAAAGCUUUAAACUAUGCAACCAAUUAUUAUGUGCUUAUAUACAAAAGUGUAGUUCUUCCUGCAGACCUGUUUUAUUUAUUGACCAGAUAAACUAAAUUCAACAUGUCAUUGAAUAAGUUUAUCCUCAAGAUUGGUUUAUAUUGAAGACAUAACUGUACCAAAAAAAUGGGCUGGAGGUAUUAAAGAUUAUACUACCUAGACAUCUCGGCUGAUGAUGGCCUUUGGUCUUAUUGAACAUAAAUCAUAUAGCAUACUUUACAGUUUAUAUACCAACCAUUCCAGGGCAUUGAUAUAUGAAUAGCUUCAAGUGCCUUUUUAUCCCUUCAACAUGUCUCAUGCCAUGUCUAUGGGGCUUGUGGAGCCAAAUGUUACAUAUAUGUCUGGAGACAGUUGUGUUGAUAUUUAACUCAAAUAUGUACAGUAAGCCCUAUCAGAUAAACUUAACCCUUAACCCUCCUUGAAAUGUUGAAACUGUAGUCACCUCAUAGAGGUGGGGCUGACUGUAAGAGUGUGGUGAGUUUGAUCAUAGGACUGGGAGUGUGCCCUUGUUAGUUACAAAUUUCUUCACACACAGUCACAGCCCAACAGUUGUCUCCAAAACUGUGAUAAUGUAUCACUUGACUCCAUAAGGAAACUGGUGCAGAAUAUUCUCUAAACUGGAAAAACUUUUUUUGUUGUUGUCAUCUCGUUUGUCUUUUUUAUACUCUGUAUGGACCAUCAGUAAUGCUUGUGGAAUAGUGCAGCACAAUACAUCACAGCAUGGGGCUCAGCCACCCGUACCUACUUACUUGGUCUUCCAACAGAGGCCUGAUCAUGGCUGACAAUAAGGUGGAAAUGUUCAGACUUUUGAAAGGAUUCACUUCCUCUUCAGACAGAAGUGUGAUGAAUUGCUGUUUACUUUCCACACUAUGCCUACUUCUGUAUGUUUAUACUGAAUGACGAUGGUUUGAAUAAAAAAAGGAAAAUCCAUGUUUA